AUGUUAGAGCAUAACAGUCUCCUGAGUGCAGUGGACCCUGCAACAAGCACCAGAAGUGGCAUUACAGGAAAAAUGCCACAUCCAAAUAAGGCAUCCGCCAGCCUUUACUUGAUGGAUGAUUCUUUAAUCCGUCAAUCAUGCGUGGUGGUGGACAUGCCCACUGGAGCCUCUUCCCACACGUCCCUCCAGCAGCACGGGGCGUCCUUCAGGGGACGGUCACCAUCCUCCCUGGAUAGCCCCUCAGACUGCAGGGCCAGUGCCCUGGGCAGCCUUGACCAAGUGACCAGGGUCUAUGUACGGAUGGAACCCGAUAGGUGUGCAAGUGGCCUGGGCACCCAUAUGACCCGCCAGGCCCUGGGCAGCAGCAGUGUCUUCCUGCAGGGCUGGUGGGGCUCAGCCCUGGCCACCACACCUACUCCAGAUUUGGAGAAAGCCCUCCAUGCUGCAGACUUCACGGCUUGCCUGGUAGGAUACAUAGCCAAAGUGCACGCCCUUGAGCGAGUCAGCCAAGAACUGGAAGCGCAGCUGGAGAACCAGGUGGGGCUGGGAGAGCUGGGUGCCCUCAGGGCCUCCUGGACCAGCAGCUGCCAGCAGGUGAGUGAAGACAUUUUGGAAAACGCUCAGCUGGCGCUGCAGACAGAGAAUAUUCAGGCUGCAGCAGACAACUUUAAAGAGAGAUAUGAAAAUGAGCGGCCACUUCGAGCAUCAGCAGAAGAGGAAAUUAACUCCCCGUACAAAGUCGUUGAUGAAGAUAACUUGACAAAAAUGGAUCUGGAGAGUCAAAUAGAAAGACUGAAAGAAGAACUUGGCUUUCUGUCUAGAAGCUAUGAAGAGUUGAGGUGUAUAUUAUCAUUUCCAAGAGAGAAAGUGCUAUGUAAACAGCUGGUAGAAUCUGAGCUAGAACACAUGGAUGUGCCCAAUGGCACUGGGCUGGAUGACAUCCUUGGGAGCAUCAGAAUUCCCUGGGAGAGAGAUGUAGAGGCAGGAAGCUUCCUCCAAACCAAGGUUUCCCCAGAAACAGAUCCUGAUACAAAUAUUGUGGUAGAGGUGGUUGGCUUAGAUUUGGGGGAGGAAAAACAAAAUAGUCUGGAGAACACCUUGCACAACGCCAAGCACUGGCAUGAGCUUGAGCUGCAGAACCUGGGCGCGGUGGUGGGCAGGCUGGAGGCGGAGCUUGGGGCCCUGCGCACCGAGGUGGGGCAGCAGCGGCGGGCACGUGAGCACCUGCCGGCACACCGGUGCCAGCUGCAGAGGGCCGUGGCGUCCUACCACGCCCUGCUGGACAGGGAGGAGAGCCAGUGCGUGUCUUUUCCCCUUUAA